UAAUAAUAUAAUAUAUAAUAUAAUAUGAUAUGAUAUAUUAUGAUUAAAAUUGUAUUUAGACAACGUCAUAUUAUACAAAUUGGGGGCCGUGGUUUUAUCUCCGAACGGUAAAAUCUUUUAAAUCCAGUGUAGCCCAGUCUUCAUUUUAUCGUACAAAGCGCAAAUAAAAAUUUUUUUUUUAUAAAAGUUAACAUCAACAUCUAUAAUAUAAUAUAUAUAGUUAUACACAGUACACAUGUAUAUAACGAUAGAGUAUUCGAGUAAAAAGUGUUGGCGAUUCACGGCGUAUAUAGGGGCUGUUUCACUUUUCUACGAAGCUGAAACAAUUACACUGUCUACAGGUAUACAUUUUAUAACUAUAAGAAUAACUAAAUUAAUAUGCAUUUUAUAGUCUCCCAUAUUUGAGCUUACUUUAGGAGACUCUCGUAAUGAUAUGACGUUACGAUAAUUUAUUUGGAUUGGUUAUUCUAGUAUACCCAAGUACACAUAUUAAAUAUCCUGCAGUUUAUAAGUAUCGUACAAUUGGCGAAGUUACAAACUUGUUUUGGGAAACGCACACAGACAUAUUAUUGGGGUGUGACGAAUUACUCGGCUAAGUUGACCAUUAUAUAUGGUUAUAUAUGACCAUUGAUCGUACGUUUUGUUGGGUAUGGUUGCGUGGUCGCAGUGUUUGCCGUACGGCGAAUACCAUCAGGCCCCCCAGUCGUUCGGCGUCCACGAACCGUCGUACAACGACGGAAACGGUUACCCACACCGGCCACAACCGGCGGCGGCGCAGCUGUACAACCAUCAUCCACAAGUGCAGGACCAUCACGAGGACCAUCACGAGGAUCAGCACGAGGACUAUCACGAGCCGGUGCACUAUUCGUUCCACUACGACGUGCACGACCCGCACACGGGCGACGUGAAGAGCCAGCACGAAACGAGGACAGGCGACGUGGUGACCGGGUUCUACACGCUGGUGGAACCAGACGGCACCAUCCGGACGGUGAAGUAUACGGCGGACAAGCACAAUGGAUUCAACGCCGUGGUGGACCGCAAAAAACCCAACUUCGACGUCGGUACGUUCAACUAUCACCACCACCAACAACAACCACAACAACAUCACUAUAAGUGACGACGUCCUGCGGCGCAGCACACGAACACGUGUGAGCAAAGUGACUAUACCUAGUGAUUGCCUGCAUCUAAGGGGAGGGUUUAUAUUUCCGAUUAUAGAGUACCUGCCCAAAAACAACUUAUUUAACUCUAAGACUUACAACUAUUUGACUCUACCUCCCAUCCAGUCAUUUACACGCCAAAUCAUAUAUUUUAAAUAUUGUUUUAUAUAGAUUACAAUAUGGAUACUUUUUAACAUGAAAUACUAAAUUCAAAAUUACGAAAGACAAAUGCGUAGGUUUAAAAAUAAAACAAUCAGAGGGAGAUGACGUGACUCCUGCAGAACUAGGCCCCUUAAAGUAAUCCGAUAAAUUAUAUACUUCUAACAGCAUCCUAUAUAUUCAAUAAUAAAGCGUUAUCGUAACAAAUAUACCUAACUCCCCUCUCCCCCACAUGAUCUUAAUCGCCUGUAUAAUACACUAUACAUAGGUUUGUAUAAUAUUUACAUCAUAUUAUUAUGUAUAUUCCUAUAUUAUACAGUUUUGUUUUUUUCGUUGUAAAUAAUGAGAUUUUUGUCUACAAUAUUGUUUUAUCUGUUAUUAGCGUUUGGUAAAUUUUUAAAUAAAUAUAAUUAUUACGUUUUUUUU